CGGACAACCCGUAAUCGACUUCCAACUCAAGAAUGUCGCUCAUGUACGGAAAAGAGAAAGAGUCCAACCAAGAAAUAGAGCACGACCCGGGAUUCUGCUCAUUCUUCACGAAGUUGCCGUCGAAGUCGCCAGAGACAGGGACCAUACGGCUGUUUUCACGGCCGGAGGGUUUCUACACGACUCAUGGACCUGAUGCUCAAUAUGUGGCAACUCAUGUCUUCCGGACGAACUCUGUCAUCAAGUAUCUCGGUGGAGGUGGCAAAGCUGGUCUGCCCAGUGUUAGCCUGAAGGAGAGCGUGGCAAAGACAUUCUUGAGGGAGGCUCUGACAACUAAGCAGCUGAGAGUAGAGAUAUGGGAACCUGAACCUGGUCAAGGGAAGAAACCCACGAAAUUCAGACUUACAAAAGAGGCAUCACCUGGAAACCUGCAGGCGGUAGAGGACCUAUUGUUUGAAAACUCAGAUAUGAUGUCCGCACCUAUUGUAAUGGCCAUCAAGAUUGCCUCCAGUGUAACCGCAGGAUCAGGCAAAGCCAGAACGAAAGCCGUCGGCGUAGCUUAUGCGGACGUGAGCAUCCGUGAACUCGGAGUUUCAGAGUUUGUGGACGACGACCUCUUCUCGAAUACUGAGUCCCUGAUUAUACAACUAAACGUGAAAGAAGCACUCAUCACCACAGGCACCGCAUCUGGGAAGACUGAACGUGACGUCGACCUGAAUAAACUCAAAGCCGUCUUAGAGCGAUGCGGCGUUGUUGUGACAGAGCGCAAGCCUAGUGAAUUCACGGCGAAGAAUAUUCAGGAAGACCUUGUCAGGCUUUUGACUCCAGCGUCCACCUCGUCCUCGGUCACCAUAGACUCGGCGAUCACUAUCCCCCAGCUAUCGCUCGCGCAAGCUCCGUCGUCUUUGGCGGCCUUGCUUUCCUACCUGUCCCUUCUGUCUGAUCCCACGAACCACGGCUCGUUCACCAUCCGAACGCAUGACCUGACUCAGUACAUGCGCCUGGACGCUAGUGCUCUCCGUGCGAUGAAUCUUUCGGAGUCGGGACCUUCUAGUGGAUCAUCAAAUAGAAAUACGACUCUUCUUGGCUUGCUCAAUAAAUGCAAGACAGCGCAAGGGACUCGGUUACUCGCGACGUGGAUCAAGCAGCCAUUGGUCAAUUUACAUGAAAUCCGAAAACGGCAAGACCUGGUGCAGAUGUUCGUCGACAACCCUGACACCCGACGCACUCUCCAAGAUGACUACAUGAAAUAUAUGCCUGAUCUGCAUCGGAUAAGCAAGCGGUUCCAGAAAUCGGUAGCCACUCUGGAGGACGUUGUCCGAGUUUAUCAAGUUGCUUUGAAGGAAUAUGACGAGAAUCUCUCCAAGUAUUCAGAAAUGGUCGAGCAGACCCUUGAUCUCGAUGAGCUGGAUAACCACCACUUCGUCAUCAAAGCGGAUUAUGACAGCCGGCUUCGGGAGCUAGCAGAUAGGUUAAUUGAGAUCCGCGAUGGUCUGGAUGAAGAACAUAAACAAGUUGCAGAAGAUCUUGACGUAGAACUCGACAAGAAGUUACAUCUUGAGAAUUCUCAGAUGUAUGGGUACUGCUUGCGCUUAACCAAAAACGAGGCGAAACUCAUCCACAAUAAACGUGCAUAUAUCGAGCUUGGCACGACCAAGAGUGGCACCUUCUUCACAACGAAGACGCUCAAGGAGCUCUCAAAUGAGUAUCAGGAAGUUACCGAAUCCUACUCUAGGACACAGAGCGGUCUGGUCAAGGAGGUCAUUAACAUAGCCGCAACAUACACGCCUGUCUUGGAGUCUCUCGAUCAUGUCAUUGCCCAUCUAGACUUGAUCUUGAGUUUGGCUCAUGUGGCUGUUAAUGCGCCUGAAGCCUAUGUCCGUCCCACCGUUCUAGAGAAAGGUUCCGGCAAUUUAAUCUUGAGAGAGGCCCGGCAUCCUUGUCUGGAAGUUCAAGACGACAUAAGCUUCAUCCCGAAUGAUGUCGAGCUAGUCAAGGGCGAGAGCGAAUUCCAGAUAAUUACCGGGCCUAACAUGGGUGGGAAAUCAACGUUCCUGCUGUCGUGCGGUGUCAUCGCCUUGAUGGCGCAGAUUGGCUCCUUCGUACCAUGUUCAGAGGCGCAGGUUCCUAUUCUCGAUUCAAUCCUGUGCCGAGUUGGAGCUGGAGAUAGUCAACUGAAGGGUAUAUCUACAUUCAUGGGUGAAAUGCUCGAUAUCGCUACUAUCCUCAGGUCAGCCACAGCGGACUCGCUCAUAAUCAUCGACGAGCUUGGACGAGGCACAUCCACCUACGAUGGUUUCGGUCUGGCUUGGGCAAUCUCGGAGCACAUUGCGUCCCAGAUCCAUUCUUUCUGUCUCUUCGCAACACAUUUCCACGAAUUAACGGCUCUUGAUCAGCAAUUACCUCACGUCAAGAAUCUGCACGUCGUAGCGCAUGUCGCGAAGACCGGCGACUCCAAGCAAGACCGCGAUAUCACAUUACUAUACAAAGUUGAACCUGGUGUUUGUGAUCAGAGUUUCGGUAUACAUGUUGCCGAGCUUGCGAACUUCCCUGAGUCGGUUGUGAAGCUUGCAAAAAAGAAAGCAGAGGAGCUCGAAGAAUUCAAUACGGAUGGCGACGAGGAUGAGCCGAAGUUCGACAAGGAUACGACAGACGCCGGUGUGAAAAUCGUGGAGGAUCUUAUGCGUACCUGGGCAUCUCGGAUCCCAGACGAACUGGAUGGUGAAGACGUCGUCAUGCCCGAUAGUCCCCUUCCAGAACUGCAACUGGAGGAACUUAGAAAAUGCGUGCAGGAGUUCCAGCCGCAGAUCAAUGCGAAUCCAUGGGUACAGCAUCUGUUAGCAUCUCUCUGAGACUGACGUCUCACUAUACAGCUGUGCUUCAUCGAGCUUCUCGCCCUACUGUACAUUUAAUACUAAUUAGUAUCGUCCUGCUGUCGUCGCCUAUGCAUUGUCAAUGUUAUCGUUAGACUGUUCCAGAUCAUCUUCCGCCACAACUAUAUGUUCCGUCUCCUCCUCGGCAACUACUGUGGAUGCGCUGUCCGUAGCAACCUUGGCCUUUUGAUUUGAUGCUAGUGCCCGUCCAGCCGUGGUGAUGUCUUUCCCGAAGACUCGGAGACUGAGAGCGCUUUUGGCUUUCUUGUCGAUCAUAAGUGAUAUAGAUACAUUGGACUUCCAUAUUGGUAAGACGAGUUCAUGAGUGAGGUUGCCACCGACAUUCUUCUCCUCGGGGAAUUUCAGGACAUGACAACCGGACGGUUUCUCGGUAAUUGCAGUCCUGAAUGGUUCCUGGAAACUCUCACAGAGCGGGUGAUACGUUUCUAGUAGAGCUUGCAGCGUUUUAAGAUCCGCGUCCAUCACCGUCUCAGGCUUGAUAAAUGGGUACACAACGGGAAGUCCUUCACUCAGGAUGCGGAAUCUUGCACUCGACCCUUCGCCCUCUCGCCCAUCCGCAUCUUCGUCAGCGGAUUUAGAUGCCGAUUUCGCAGCCUCUUGUUUGACGAACAGUUUCGUCCCAGCUGUCAUCAGUCUGAUGCGAUUGUAGUCGUUGUUCAGUAUAACCGAGCGAACGAUGUCGUUGGUGAGGUAGAGAGACCGUGCUGGUUCGCCCGACGGAUUGCGUACGAAGAGGUUAUGAUCGGGAAAGGACGGGAUGAUAUGGAGUUUCUCGAUGCAAGUCUUUACAAUGGGAUCAUCCGGGGGGAGGAACGUGUAAGGGUUCUCCUUGAAAGAUCCGCCGGUUCCCUCCCGUUCCUUCCCCUUCCCUCUCUUCCCCUGCGGUUUUUCUUUCUUGUCUGUGUCCGCCUCCAUCCUAGGUGCCACUUUGGCUUCUCCGUUUGCACUAGGAGACGCAGAUCGGCCAGCGUCGCCAACUUCAGCCAAGUCACCCAUUGUGACGUCCUCGCCGGCAGACUCCAACUUGACUUUCUUCGUGGUAGGCUCGGCAGUGCAGUCCUCCGGGGCAUCAGCCUGACGCUUUUUUGCCUCAGGAGCGUCAUCCUUUGCCCUCUUCUCUAGUACAGCGAUGAAGAACCCGCCGGUAUCCUGCAGAUGAGGGUAAAUCCGCAUACAUCUGUCCAGUGCCCAGCCCUCCUCUCCCUCAUCCGUAGGAGGCCACAUGCUCUCCGUAUACUUUUUAUCGUCCUUCUCACUCAAUGCCGCAACAUACUCCUCAUACGUCGGGAAGAACCGGAGCUCCCGCUUUCCGCCCAGGAAGAACGCGGGUGUCCAUGAUUUGAGGCCAGGCCGACGCUGGAGGGCCG